AUGCAGAGCUGCGCCAGGUCCUGGGGGAUCUUCUUGGCCAAGUCGGUGAAUCCCAGCGCGCCGUGCAGGCAUCUGAGUGACAAGAGCCGCGUGGUUUGGAAACUUCAGUGCAGGAUCCGAAACAGCGGGGCAUCCCCGACGACAGCAGCCCGGGGUCUGAGGACGUCCGCAGCCGUCUCCUCCAGGCAGAUAGAGAGGAUAUUACCCAGGCAUGAUGAUUUCGCGGAGAGGCACAUCGGUCCAGGUGAGAGGGAGAAGAGAGAAAUGCUGGAUGCUCUGGGACUCGAGUCGAUCGACCAGUUGAUCGAAGACACAGUCCCAGGAUCCAUCCGUAUGCAGAGGAGUAUGAAAAUGGAUGAUCCAGUCUGUGAGAAUGAGAUUCUGGAGUCUCUGCAGAAGAUCGCAUCAAUGAACAAAGUAUGGAGGUCCUACAUCGGCAUGGGCUACUACAACUGCUCUGUACCGCCGCCCAUCCAGCGCAAUCUCCUGGAGAACUCAGGCUGGGUGACUCAGUACACUCCCUACCAGCCCGAGGUCGCUCAGGGUCGCCUGGAGUCUCUCCUCAACUACCAGACUAUGAUCUGUGACAUCACAGGCAUGCCUGUAGCCAACGCCUCCCUGCUUGAUGAAGGAACGGCUGCUGCUGAGGCCAUGCAGCUCUGCCACAGACAGAACAAAAGAAGAACCUUCUACAUUGACCCACGCUGCCAUCCCCAGACCAUUGCUGUGGUGCAGACCAGAGCCAACUACAUUGGGGUGCAAACCGUGCUGAAGCUGCCUCAUGAGAUGGACUUCAGUGGGAAGGAUGUGAGUGGUGUCCUCUUCCAGUAUCCAGACACUGAUGGCAGGGUGGAAGACUUCACAGCUCUUGUAGACCGGGCACACAAGGGAGGGGCGCUGGCUUGCUGCGCCACAGAUCUGUUGGCCCUUUGCGUGCUGCGUCCUCCUGGGGAGUUUGGCGUUGAUAUUGCACUGGGCAGCUCCCAGAGGUUUGGGGUUCCUCUCUGCUAUGGUGGUCCUCACGCUGCCUUCUUCGCUGUUAAAGACAACCUGAUCCGGAUGAUGCCUGGCAGAAUGGUUGGAGUCACCAGGGAUGCAGCUGGUAAGGAGGUGUAUCGGCUUGCUUUGCAGACCAGAGAGCAGCACAUUCGCAGAGACAAAGCAACCAGCAACAUCUGCACUGCUCAGGCUCUGCUAGCCAACAUGGCUGCCAUGUAUGCACUGUAUCACGGUCCUCAGGGACUCAAACACAUCGCUGAGAGGACACACAAUGCUGCUCUGAUCCUUGCUGAAGGUCUGAAGAGAGCAGGACACCGGCUGCACAGCGAGAUGUUCUUCGACACUCUAAAGAUCAACUGCAGCGUGGCUGCCAAGGACAUCUUUGAGAGAGCCUCUCAGAGGCAGAUAAAUCUUAGAGUCUACACCGAGGGAGUGUUAGGUGUCUCUUUGGAUGAGACUGUGACUGAGAGGGACUUGGAUGACUUGCUCUGGGUCUUUGGCUGUGAAUCUUCAGCUGAGCUGAUCGCAGAGAAGAUGGGUGAGCGGGUGAAGGGAGUCAUGGGAAGUCCUUUCAAGAGGACAAGCAAGUUCCUCUCACACCAGGUCUUUAACAGCUAUCACUCUGAGACCAACAUUGUGCGAUACAUGAAGCGUCUGGAGAACAAGGACAUCUCCCUGGUGCACAGCAUGAUACCACUGGGCUCCUGCACCAUGAAGCUAAACAGUUCUUCAGAGCUCAUGCCAAUCACCUGGAAGGAGUUUGCCAACGUCCACCCAUUCGUGCCUCUGGAUCAGGCUGAUGGCUACCAGAAGCUCUUCAGACAGCUGGAGAAGGACCUCUGUGAGUUGACUGGCUAUGACAACAUUUCCUUCCAGCCAAACAGUGGUGCUCAGGGAGAAUAUGCUGGCCUGGCUGCCAUCAAAGCCUACCUGAACUCAAAGGGAGAGAACGGGAGAAGUGUCUGUCUGAUCCCCAAGUCGGCUCACGGCACCAACCCUGCGAGCGCUCAGAUGGCUGGCAUGAAGGUUCAGGUGGUGGAGGUGGACAAGGACGGCAACAUCGACAUGGCACACCUCAAGUCCCUGGUGGAUAAACACAAAGCGAGUCUGGCAGCCAUGAUGAUCACCUACCCUUCUACCUUUGGUGUGUUUGAGGAGCAGAUCAGAGACACAUGUGAUCUCAUUCACGCCAAUGGUGGCCAGGUGUACCUGGAUGGUGCCAACAUGAACGCCCAGGUUGGUCUAUGUCGUCCUGGAGACUACGGCUCCGAUGUGUCUCAUCUCAAUCUGCACAAGACCUUCUGCAUCCCUCAUGGUGGAGGAGGACCUGGCAUGGGGCCGAUUGGAGUGAAGGCCCACCUUGCCCCCUUCCUGCCGAGCCACCCGGUGGUCCCAAUGCAUUCAGUCAACACGGGCAGCUCACUGGGCACCAUCAGUGCCGCCCCCUGGGGCUCCAGCGCCAUCCUGCCAAUCUCUUGGGCGUACAUCAAGAUGAUGGGAGCCAAAGGACUGCGUCACGCUACAGAGGUGGCCAUCCUCAAUGCCAACUACAUGGCCAAGAGGCUGGAAGGUCACUUUAAGGUCCUUUUCAGAGGCAGGAAAGGUUUUGUAGCCCACGAGUUCAUUCUGGAUGUAAGACCAUUCAAGAAGACUGCUAACAUUGAGGCCGUCGACGUGGCCAAGAGGUUGCAAGAUUACGGUUUCCAUGCACCCACCAUGUCCUGGCCGGUGGCUGGUACCCUCAUGAUCGAGCCCACAGAGUCAGAGGAUAAGGCCGAGAUGGACCGGUUCUGUGACGCCUUGCUUGGCAUCCGACAGGAGAUCGCUGACAUUGAGGAGGGAAGGAUGGACUCCCGCAUCAACCCGCUCAAGAUGGCUCCUCACUCUCUGGCCUGCAUCUCAUCCUCCAACUGGGACAGACCCUACUCCAGGGAGCACGCUGCUUUCCCCUUGCCGUUCAUAAGGCCUGAGACCAAAUUCUGGCCGAGCAUCUCCAGGAUCGAUGACAUCUACGGCGACCAGCACCUCGUGUGCACGUGCCCCCCCAUGGAGGCCUACGAGUCUCCGUACGAGGAGAAGAGAGCCUCCUCAUAGAUGCUCCCUGUGGUCCAGUCCCAAUGCCCGGGCCUGAGCUGUAACACCUCACAGAAUUAACACCCACACUCAGUGAAAAUGUGAGAGCAGGAGGGUAUAAAGGCUCACAGCACUACAUUAGCUGAGACAGAAGCAUGUUUGCUGUCAGUAGUGUGACGCUCAUAUUUCAGAUGUCGUUCAAUAAAAUUGAGUAACUUUUUUUUUUCCCCCCUCAAAGAAUACUCGCCUUUGUAUAUUAGUAUGAUCAAUCAAAAAAUACCAUUAGGCGCUUCAUGGGACAAAAACUAGACAGUCCUUGAUGCUAUGGUUUCCUUCCAGCUCUCCUAAAGUUGUUUGAUUUUUUUUUAAGCUUUCCCUGUUUUUAACAUUAGCGCCCUAUAAAUUGUGCUUAAUUCCCUCAAGCCGAGCCUGCGGCAGUGCAUAAAGUGUAUUUAGUUGGGGCUCAAGAAGUCUGCAAGAGAGCCUUCAAGCACUUGCUGAUUUCACAAUGAAAGAGCUCGGAGCCCUAACAGACUUAUUACGAAUGGAUGUCAGUCUGUGAGGUGGACAUUGGGACUGGGUGUCGUCUGAAUGCACUAUUUACUGGGGCCAUGGGAUUUUCCCCUACUCAAACUCAUCAAAUGGACCAAAGGUGCAGCAUUUGCUUUUCCAGGUCGCAAAAUAAGUGCACCCUUUGACACUGAGGCCGCUCCGUAACACACCUCUGAAAUCCUGUGCUGUAAGCCCAGUUCAAUUGUUGUUUUCUAGACUCCCAACAUUUAUAAAAAUGCCCUUGGUGCCUCAGUUUCUGUUGUGUAAAAUAGCUGCCUUGACCUUCCCUUUUUUCUUUUUUCAAAUACCUGGAAAAAAUAGGAGUUAUUAGUUUAUUGUAGAUUUGUUAAUAUGCAUGUGUUAUUUGAAAAUGUCUUAGUGUGUUGUGACAUUUGUUGACAGUAGAUAAAGUCUUAAUUUUAAAUGAACUAUUUUCUAAUCUAAACUGUUUUGUCUGUAGAAAAAAAUGUCUGUAUUAAAAAUUUGUCUUUAA